CGAGUCCCCAGGCAGGCGCUGAUUGGUGGAGGUGAGGGCAGCUCUCCUUCCGAUGAUUCGGCUCUUCUCGGCUCAGUCUCAGCGAAGCGUUUGCAGCCGUCGUUUGAUUAGUCGCUGCCGCUGCCCCCCUCGCGGAUCCGGAGCUAGCGUCUCCCGCCCGCCUGCCGCCCCGGUGCCGCUGGGAGGAAGCGAGAGGGAGGCUGUCUGAGGGUCUGUCACUGCUGUUGAUCCACCGCCUGAGUGAGUCAAGCCCGGGCCUAGCCGGUCGCCUGCCAUUCUCGUAGCCGUUACCCUCAGGCCGCCACAGCCGCCGACCGGGACAGGCGCGCGCCAUGGCCUCUGGAGCCGAUUCAAAAGGCGAUGAUUUAUCAACAGCCAUUCUCAAACAAAAGAACCGACCCAAUCGGUUAAUUGUUGAUGAAGCCAUCAAUGAAGAUAACAGUGUGGUGUCCUUGUCCCAGCCCAAGAUGGAUGAACUGCAGUUGUUCCGAGGUGACACAGUGUUGCUAAAAGGAAAGAAGAGACGGGAAGCUGUGUGCAUUGUACUUUCUGAUGACACAUGCUCUGAUGAGAAGAUUCGAAUGAAUAGAGUUGUUCGGAAUAACCUCCGUGUUCGCCUAGGGGAUGUCAUCAGCAUCCAGCCAUGCCCUGAUGUAAAGUAUGGCAAACGUAUCCAUGUGCUACCCAUCGAUGACACGGUGGAAGGCAUCACUGGCAAUCUCUUUGAAGUGUACCUUAAGCCGUACUUCCUGGAAGCUUAUCGACCCAUCCGGAAAGGAGAUAUUUUCCUUGUCCGGGGUGGUAUGCGAGCUGUGGAGUUCAAAGUAGUAGAGACAGAUCCCAGCCCUUACUGUAUUGUUGCUCCAGACACAGUGAUCCACUGUGAAGGGGAGCCAAUCAAGCGAGAGGAUGAGGAAGAGUCCUUGAAUGAAGUAGGCUAUGAUGAUAUCGGUGGCUGCAGGAAGCAGCUAGCUCAGAUAAAGGAGAUGGUGGAACUGCCAUUGAGACAUCCUGCGCUCUUUAAGGCAAUCGGUGUGAAGCCUCCUAGGGGAAUCUUGCUAUAUGGACCUCCUGGGACAGGGAAGACGCUGAUUGCCCGAGCUGUGGCAAAUGAAACUGGAGCCUUCUUCUUCCUGAUCAAUGGUCCUGAGAUCAUGAGCAAAUUGGCUGGCGAGUCUGAGAGCAACCUCCGUAAAGCCUUUGAGGAAGCAGAAAAGAAUGCUCCUGCUAUCAUCUUCAUUGAUGAGCUUGAUGCCAUUGCGCCCAAAAGAGAGAAAACUCACGGGGAAGUGGAGCGCCGUAUCGUGUCUCAGUUGUUGACCCUUAUGGAUGGCCUAAAGCAAAGAGCACACGUGAUCGUUAUGGCAGCAACCAAUAGACCCAAUAGCAUUGACCCAGCCCUACGGCGGUUUGGUCGCUUUGACAGAGAGGUAGAUAUUGGAAUCCCUGAUGCUACAGGACGCUUGGAAAUUCUUCAGAUUCAUACCAAGAACAUGAAACUGGCAGAUGAUGUGGACUUGGAACAGGUAGCCAAUGAGACUCAUGGCCAUGUGGGUGCUGAUUUGGCAGCCCUAUGUUCAGAGGCUGCUCUACAGGCCAUCCGAAAAAAAAUGGACCUCAUUGACCUUGAGGAUGAGACCAUUGAUGCUGAGGUCAUGAAUUCCUUGGCAGUUACUAUGGAUGACUUCCGGUGGGCCUUGAGUCAGAGCAACCCAUCAGCCCUUCGGGAAACUGUGGUGGAGGUGCCACAAGUAACCUGGGAAGACAUUGGAGGCCUGGAGGAUGUCAAACGGGAGCUUCAGGAGUUGGUUCAGUAUCCUGUGGAACAUCCAGACAAAUUCCUCAAAUUUGGCAUGACUCCUUCCAAAGGUGUUCUUUUCUAUGGACCUCCUGGCUGUGGGAAGACCUUGCUGGCCAAAGCCAUUGCUAAUGAGUGCCAGGCUAACUUCAUCUCCAUCAAGGGUCCUGAGCUGCUGACCAUGUGGUUUGGGGAAUCUGAGGCCAAUGUCAGGGAAAUUUUUGACAAGGCACGGCAAGCUGCCCCCUGUGUACUCUUCUUUGAUGAGUUAGAUUCAAUUGCCAAGGCUCGUGGUGGUAAUAUUGGAGAUGGUGGUGGAGCUGCUGACCGAGUCAUCAAUCAGAUCCUGACAGAAAUGGAUGGCAUGUCCACAAAAAAGAAUGUGUUUAUCAUUGGAGCUACUAACCGGCCUGACAUCAUUGAUCCUGCUAUCCUAAGACCUGGCCGUCUUGAUCAACUCAUCUAUAUCCCACUUCCUGAUGAGAAGUCCCGUGUUGCCAUCCUAAAAGCUAAUCUGCGCAAGUCCCCAGUUGCCAAGGAUGUGGAUUUGGAGUUCCUGGCUAAGAUGACUAACGGUUUUUCUGGAGCUGAUCUGACAGAGAUUUGCCAACGUGCUUGUAAACUGGCCAUUCGUGAAUCUAUUGAGAGUGAGAUUAGGCGAGAACGAGAGAGGCAGACAAAUCCAUCAGCUAUGGAAGUAGAAGAGGAUGAUCCAGUGCCUGAGAUCCGCAGAGAUCACUUUGAAGAAGCUAUGCGCUUUGCCCGUCGUUCUGUCAGUGAUAAUGACAUUCGGAAAUAUGAAAUGUUUGCCCAGACACUUCAGCAAAGUCGAGGUUUCGGCAGCUUCAGAUUCCCUUCAGGGAACCAGGGUGGAGCUGGCCCCAGCCAGGGCAGUGGAGGUGGCACAGGUGGCAGUGUGUACACAGAAGACAAUGACGAUGACCUGUAUGGCUAAGUGGUGUGCCAGCAUGCAGUGAGCUGGCCUAGCUGGACCUUGUUCCCUGGGGGUGGGGGCACUUGCCCGAGAGGGACCAUGGGUGUACCCGUGGCCUGUUCCAUUCCUCAGUCUGAACAGUUCAGCUCCAGUUAGACUCUGGACAGGGGUUUUCUGUUGAAAAAAUUACAAAAGCGAUAAAAUAAAAGUGAUUUUCAUUUGGGA